AUGCCCACCAGCAUGUCCAUGCAUCCAUCGGCCAAACGGUGUUCCGUGCGCAUUUCCAGGAGCCUGCAGCGGCCAGCUUCGCCUUCGCACUCCCCAAGAUCCCCUCCAACCCCGCCUGUGGCACCUUGCGAGGGUGAGGACUGGCCUUGGAACUUCGGCUGCCUUUCGCAGCCCUCGUGGCCCUCGCGUCCGGCAAGGAGUGUCGGACACACCCAUUGGCCCAGCGCCGCUCCAGCACCGAGCACUCCGAGAACGCCGAGCGUGCCCAGCGUGCCCAGCGUGCCCAGCGUGCCGAGAGCACCGAGCACGCCGAGCGCGCCGAGCGCGCGACGGGCGAUGCCCACACUGGACAACCGGGACAAGCAAGAGCCCCUGGAGGAGCGGAGCCAGCGCAGCGAGCAGAGCCAGGGCGAGCAGCAGAGCUGGGGUGAGCAGCAGAGCCAGGGCGAGCAGCAGAGCCAAGAGCUUUCGGCGCCCUCGGCACCCAAGCUGCCAUUUCGCGUGGGAAUUGGAACGCCAAGACCGACUUCCGGAAGAGGAAGGCGCAGAAGUUCAAGCUCGAGGCCUCCAUCUGCGCCGUCCUUUGUUCGGCCCUUCUCUGUGGAUGACUUCUGCCUGUCUGGACGAGGCGUGGGCGGUGUUCAGAAGGUUAGCACGGAGAUGGGUGCGAGGCCAUCGAACAGUCGACAAGGUGAUCGACAAGGUGGUACGCUUCGGGCUCCGCAGCGUGCGGGAACGGGAAGUGCUACCUCGAAGCCUUCGGCGAGACAUGACGGCACACCUGGCACACCGUCCGAACAGCGCGCCGGCCCAGAUUGCCCUCGUGACUCUGAAGGCUCACGUCCUCGAGCCGAUGGCCCAGCGAAGCUGAAAAUGCGGGGCUCGAAGGAAGCUUCCGCUCCUGACCCAGCUUCAGAAUGGUCAGAGACGGAGGACCUCUGGCAAUCUAUGGAGCUGAAGGUGUUCUUACGACGAGCAGAUUUGGUCGACUUGCUCGGCGUUCUGAGAGAGCACUUCCCCGGCUUGAGCUUGAAGUCACUGCUGGAGAUGCCGGAAGCGCAGGUCAAGAAGAUCAAGGCGCGGCCGCUGGCUUUGAAGAGGCUUCUACGAGGCAUCGAGGCAGAGCGUCAGCGGCGAGGAGCGCUGAUGCAGCCAUCUUCUCUCGAUGACUUGAGCACGGCGACGCCCACCCCGGAGAGAAUGCGGCCGGGGCGAGAAGCCAUCGAAACAUCUGAGAAAGCUCCGAAUGAAGCUUCGAAUGACGCCAAAGGUGGAAGCGAAGUUGGAAGUGAAGGCAGAGGCCACCAGGCUGAAGAGGAGAAUGAGGUUUGUCCGGCUUGCUCCGACUCCCGUGAGUCUGCCUCGCAGAUGGUGGCCCGGAUGCUUUCGGACCCUGCGGAUCCAGUCCCGGACCAAGAGCAUCGGAGCCUCGAUGAGCGAUCUGAGCCGCUGGCAGAUCAAGAGCUCCAGGCGGAGGCACCCGCUGGCUCGAGCUCUUCUUCGCGCUUGCCAGUGGCUGCGCACCCAAGCGCAAGUCCAGUCGGCCCUUGGAGGGAUCUCUACAAGGGAGUGGCGAGGUUCAGACCGGCCGAGGUCACGGAGCCGGCGGGGCCCCUGUCGCAGAGCUCAACAGCAGACUCUGCAAGCGAGGCCUCUCAGAACUCGAAGCAGGCAGGAUCGGGGUCCGGCGAGUCUGUGGGAUCCAUGCCCGAAGGGCAGGGCUACCCGGGCUACUCGCAGUCGGAACGGCUUGUGACUGGGGCUUGUGGGGCUGACGUGGCUCCAAGCGUUCUGGCAGUGGAGAGGGAAUGCCGUUCCAGGCCGCAAACGCGGCGGGCCCGUAUUCGUGAGCUGCUGAAGCGCCUGGAGGUAGCUCAGUCACCGUGCCCUGCAGAUCGGCUGCGUGUGGAUGCUCGGCAGAAGCAGGCCAAAGAGAGACACCUGCGCCAGACAUCCGGUGCUCCUGCUGGGCCGGCCUCGUCGCCUGCUCUUUCACUGAGGAGGUCUCGAUCUUUCAUGGAGUUGGUGGCAACUGAGUCGGAGCCGCAGUUCUCCAGCAGUCGAAGCGGCCCAGUCGAUCCAAGCGUGUUGGAAGAUGUGGUGUCAAGACUUCCCGCAAAGCCGGUGACGUCCAGCGCACCCCGUGAGCCAUGCACCAUCUGCUUGGAAGUGCCCUCUUCAGGCGAAGUCGUCACCACCCUACUCUGCUGCCACUGGUACCACACAGAAUGUAUCAAGGAGUGGCUACUGCAUUCCCGCAUAUGUCCGUUGUGCAAGGCGCUUGUAGUGCCGGAGGAACUCGGUAUGUGA